AUGGAAUAGGACGAUCUCCGCAUGAUAAUUUUGAAUAAUGAGAUGAUAAUGACUGUUAAUGAUUCAAAUUGUAUUUAAAUUGAUGCUGAAUACCUCAGCAAAAUUCCUCCUUAACUGUUGGAUUCUGGUAUGUCAGCUAUUAUGCAAGCUGGAGUAUCAGCAGCUUAGAUUACAAUAUCUGCUAUAUUUGGUUCAAACAUAAUUCUUGCAUUCCUAUUAUUAAUUUAUGACUUAGCAAACUUAAACUUAAUCCCAGUUGAUGGACUUCAAAAAAUUAUGUUUUCUGAUUUGAAAUUUUCAAAUGACGAUCCAGAAGAUAAUAUAGAUGAUUACUACCCUAUUAAUAUUCACUUCUAUCAAAUGGGAUAUGAAAUCUUAAUAUAUCCUUUUUUUAUCCUGGCUUUACUAUAAUACAAAUUCAAAGACCUUAAAAAAGAUUAUCAAAGAAGCAGAAUUGGAUCAUUGUAUGGAAACUUAAAUUUAGAAUCUAGAUGGACAUUGCUUAACCUCCCUCUUUAAAUUAUCAGAAGAAACCUAUUCUCAGUCAUUUUUAUUUACUUAGAUGAGAUUCAAGUACUUUAGAGCUUUUUUGCUAUUAUGUCUUCAUUAUUAAUGAUGGUAUUUUAUUUGAGAGUGAAGCCAUUUAAAAGUUAUGCCUAGUCAAUGAUUGAAUUUUUCAAUGAAGGAUCGUAAAUGAAAAAAAUCUUAGAUUAAAUCUUGGAUGGUUUACAAUUGGACUAACUUUACUUUAUCUAUUGGUAAAUACUUUGA